AUGAGUAGUACCAAUAAUAAUCCAUCGUCGCGUACAAUCACCGAUGGUCGUGCUCAUUACAAAAUAACAAGAACUAUAACAGACUCCGAUGGUAAAACACAUACAGAAACUGUCGAAGUUGUUGACGAUGAUGCAGUCAAUCUUAUGCGAGAUUUACGCUUACGUGAUAAUAACGUAGCUGAUAUGACUCGAUUUGGUUUUUCUUCAUGGACAAAUCCAACAAAAGUUUCUCAAUCAUCAACAACUGCUAAACGUCCAACAGUAGCUCAAGACAAUAAUGAAUUUGUUCGAGAAGCAAUACAAGUACAUAAUGAAUUAAGACGAAAACAUGGCGUUGAACCAUUAAGAUUAAAUAAUGAUCUAUCAAAAUUAGCACAAGAAUGGGCUAAUCAUUUAGCUUCAACUGGAACACUUUUACAUAGCAAAACAAAAUAUAAAAAUGUACCUGUUGGUGAAAAUCUUCGUAGUCAAUCAUGGUCAAUAACAGGCAAAGAAAUGACUGAAGCAUGGUAUAAUGAAUGUAAAAAAUAUGAUUAUAAUAGUCAUCAAUCCUGUCAAUCUGGAACUGGCCAUUUUACUCAAGUUGUAUGGAAAAAUUCUCAAGAAGUUGGAUUUGCACGAGCACAAGGUACAUCAAUGAAUUUUGCUGUAGCUAUGUAUUAUCCAGCAGGAAAUUUUCUUGGCGAAUUCGAUAAAAAUGUUUUUCCGCCACGUUAA